CCACGUGCCUCUCAACCUUGGGUUCGUUCGUCUUAUCGUUAUCGUCACCUGAAGCUUGGGUGCCCUUUUUUAUCACCAAAAGCUCCAGAAGCUUGCCCAAGUUACAAUUCAGUCUCAAUCCCCAGUCAGCGACUCAACCAUGUCAGAAUCUAAGAGGAAAUUCCCCAAGGUCCAAGGCGGAGGCAGUUUGAUACUUGCCUGGCAGGUCAGGGACAAGAAGGUCCUCGUUGUCGGCGGCGGCCAGGUCGCCGCCGGCCGAAUCCUCCACUGCCUCAACGCCGACGCCGACGUAACAGUCGUAGCGCCCUCCUCCGGCCUCGACCCAGAGGUAGCGCACCGCAUCGCAGCCGGCGAAGUAACCCACGUAGACCGCACCUUCGAGCCCUCGGACCUCGACGACGCCACCUCCAUGGUCCUCGUAGCCAUCGACGACCCGGCCGCCUCGAGCGCCAUCUGGCGGCUCUGCCGCGACCGGCGGAUCCCCGCCAACAUCGCCGACGUGCCGCCGGAGUGCGAUUUCUACUUCGGCAGCGUGCACCGCGACGGGCCCGUGCAGGUCAUGGUCAGCACCAACGGCAAGGGCCCCCGCCUGGCGGCGGCGCUGCGGCGGCGAGUCGCCGCCGCGCUGCCGAGGGACGCGGGGAGGGCCGUCGAGGCCGUGGGGCGGCUGCGGGUCAUGCUGAGGGCGGUGGCGCCGGCGCCGGCGGAUGGCGCCCGGAGGAUGGAGUGGAUGACAAAGGUCAGCGAUGCGUACGACUGGGAGGACAUGUGCGAGCUGGACGAGGAGGAUAUGGGGAAUCUGUUGCGGUUCUACCCGUCUAACGAGGUGCCGUCUCUCGACGUGCUGAAGAGCAUGAGGGCCGGUGGAGACUAUGGCAAGAUAGACGUUUUUGAUGGUUCUUUUGGAUUCAGUGUUGGGGCGUGAUCAUUGGGGCUCGAAGGGGUAAUAAUAAUACUUGGGGAUAAACAUGUUGAGUACAUGGGCGUUGGCUAGGAAGAGGAUUAUACCAUGGAUCUAGAGAUUGACUCACCGCUUGGAUUUGCAAAAUAUUAAGUUGUCUCCCAUUCCAGGUUUCUUAACUAAGUCAUAUAUCUUAGGUAGGAUGGUCCUGUCCUGAUAUCCUCUGAUACUCCCAAGAAUACGACCCCUCAUGAUCGUACAUGGAUGGCUGUCAUGACAGUCGACAGGACAAGCAAGGCGCGUAUAUAUAUGUGUGUGUAUACUGUACAGUAAUGCAUGGCAGACAUUAGGCCCUCCUCUGUGCUUAGGGAGGGUUUGAAAGACCGAUGUGAGGACCUCCCAACAAUAUCCUGACAUCUCUAGGCCUUC